AUGAGCUCCACAGUUGAACAGGUUUCUAGCGUAUUUGACACCAUUUUGGUGUUGGAUUUCGGCUCCCAAUACUCCCAUUUGAUCACCAGAAGACUCAGAGAGUUCAAUGUGUACGCAGAAAUGCUGCCAUGCACUCAGAAGAUCGCAGAACUUGGCUGGAAGCCAGCUGGUGUGAUUUUGUCCGGUGGUCCAUACUCGGUUUACGCCGAAGAUGCCCCACACGUCGAUCUAGAUGUGUUCGAAUUGGAUGUCCCCAUCCUCGGUAUCUGCUACGGUAUGCAGGAAUUGGCGUGGCUCAACGGUAAGCAAGUGGCCCGUGGUGAAAAACGUGAAUACGGUCCAGCCACUUUGAACGUCGAAGUUGCAUCCAGCCCUCUGUUCAAAGGUAUGGACCAUUCUCGUGUGUGGAUGUCCCACGGUGACAAGCUACACGGCUUGCCCACUGGCUUUGAAGUAAUUGCUACUUCUGACAACUCCCCAUACUGUGGUGUGGCCCACAAGGAAAAGCCAAUCUAUGGUAUCCAGUUCCACCCGGAGGUAACCCACUCCACUCAGGGUAAGACUCUACUCAAAAACUUUGCCGUUGAUAUUUGCAAAGCCAACCAGAACUGGACCAUGGAGAAUUUCAUCGACACCGAAAUCAAGAGAAUCAGAGAUCUCGUGGGACCUACCGCUGAGGUCAUUGGUGCCGUUUCCGGUGGUGUUGACUCCACUGUUGCCGCUAAGCUCAUGACUGAAGCUAUCGGCGAACGUUUCCACGCCAUUUUGGUUGACAACGGUGUUUUGAGACUCAACGAGGCCGCCAACGUUAAGAAGACUUUGGGUGAAGGUUUGGGUAUCAACCUUACCGUUAUCGAUGCUGCCGACGAGUUCUUGGACAAAUUGAAGGGCGUGACUGAUCCUGAAAAGAAGCGUAAAAUCAUCGGUAACACUUUUAUUCACGUCUUUGAAAGAGAAGCUGCUAGAAUUCAGCCAAAGGGCGGUGACGAAAUUGAGUUCUUGUUGCAAGGAACUCUUUACCCAGAUGUGAUUGAGUCUAUCUCUUUCAAAGGUCCAUCUCAGACCAUCAAAACCCAUCACAAUGUUGGUGGUCUUUUGGAGGACAUGAAAUUGAAGUUGAUUGAGCCUUUGAGAGAAUUGUUCAAAGAUGAGGUCAGACAUUUGGGUGAGCUUCUCGGAAUUUCUCAUGAGUUAGUUUGGAGACACCCAUUCCCUGGCCCAGGUAUUGCCAUUCGUGUCUUAGGAGAAGUGACCAGAGAACAAGUCGCUAUUGCAAGAAAGGCUGACCACAUCUACAUUGAAGAGAUCAGAAAAGCUGGUCUUUACAACAAAAUUUCUCAGGCCUUUGCCUGUCUGUUGCCUGUCAAGUCUGUCGGUGUGAUGGGUGACCAGAGAACCUACGAACAGGUCAUUGCCUUGAGAGCUAUCGAAACCACUGAUUUCAUGACAGCCGACUGGUUUCCCUUCGAGCACGAGUUUUUGAAGAAAGUGGCCUCUAGAAUUGUCAACGAAGUUGACGGUGUUGCUAGAGUAACAUACGAUAUUACUUCAAAGCCACCAGCUACUGUGGAAUGGGAGUAA